AUGGCUACAGUGGGAAGGAACGUAGCAGCUCCUUUGCUGUUCCUUAACUUGCUCAUGUAUGUGAUUGUACUUGGCUUUGCAAGUUGGUGUCUCAACAGGUUCAUCAAUGGCCAAACCUAUCACCCCAGUUUUGGAGGAAAUGGUGCGACCAUGUUCUUCUUGAUCUUUGCUAUACUGGCAGCGGUUCUGGGCAUAGUGUCGAAAUUAAUUGGCAGCAAUCACCUCAGAACAUGGAGAAGUGACAGUUUAGCAUCUGCAGGAGCCACAUCUAUAAUUGCUUGGGCUGUGACUGCUCUAGCCUUUGGGUUGGCUUGCAAGGAGAUACACAUAGGAGGACACAGAGGGUGGAGACUGAGGGUAGUGGAGGCCUUCAUAAUCAUCCUAACCUUCACACAGUUACUGUACCUUUUGUUGAUCCAUGCAGGGCUAUACAGCAGCAGAUAUGGUCCUGGUUACCGUGACACUGACUAUGGUGUGGGAGGGGCUACUGGUGAUCACCCAAUGCACAAGGGUGCAGGUGUUCCUGUUACUGGCACUCGUGUCUGA